AUGAAUAAUUUAAAUAUAGAAUCAUCAUUGCCACCCUGUAAUAAUGAUCAUACAAUGUAUAUUAGUAUCAAAAAUAAUGUAGAUUCAGAUUAUUUAUCUAUAUGGAUUCAAGGACCAAUAUCAAUAAUAAUUUUAACUUUAGGAUUAUUUGGAAAUAUUCAUUCAAUUAAAGUUGUUUUUCAAUCUACAAUUAAUACAUCAACAACAAUAAGUCUAAUUGCAUUGGCACUUUGGGAUGUUGUGCUCCUUGUAAUAUCAUUUUUUCAUCAUAAUCUUUAUACAUUUGUCUUGUGGCUUGAUGAAUAUUCAAAUAAUAAAAAUAUCUUUAAGAAUUGGGUUUUUAAUAAACUUAAAUACAAUCCAUAUUUAUCAGCAUGUAUUUUAAACGGAUUGUUAGCAUGUGCUCACAUGGCUUCUACAUGGAUGCUUAUUUACGUCACAGCUCAAAGAUUUUUUGCUGUUUCAAGACCUUUAUCAUUUAUAAGUCAUGAAUCAAUGUCAUCAAAAAAAAAAAGAAGAACUUCAUAUGUUAAAUCUUCAAUUGUUAAAAUAAAGAUUCCGUGUUUAUUAAGUAUUGUAUCAGCUAUAAUAUCACUUCCAUGCUCUUUUGAAUAUUAUGUUGAUGAAUGUUUAAACUCUACCGGUUAUGUUGUUAAAAUUGUUCAAACUAGUUCUUUAAUCGAAAAUAGAAACUAUAUUAUAUUUUAUCGUUCAAUAUUAUUACCAAUAUUACAAAGUUUUGGUCCAAUUACAAUAAUUUCAAUACUUACAUAUAAAACUAUUAAUAGUCUAAAAAUGAUGAUGCAUAGGAGAGCUUUAAUAUUACUUCAACAAGGUAGAAAUAGUAUUUUUUUUUCUGAUAAAGAUAAAACAAAAAGUCUUCAAUUGAUAAGCGCAUUAUUAUUAGGAAAAUUUGUAGUAUUAAGGUGUUUUCCAACAUUUUUAGAAAUUGUUAAACUUAUUUAUGGUCAAAAAUUUUUAUUAACUGAUGUAGCAGAUUUAUUAAUUAUUCUAAAUUCAGCCACAAAUUGUUUUGUUUUUGUUGUCAUAAAAGCAGUAUUUGAAACAAGAAGACUUAAAAAAGCAAGAGAACGACAAAGAGAAAUGGUUGUUAAUACUGCUGUACAAAUGUUACGAAUAUCAAGAUUUAUAGCAUCUGAUAAAUCAUUAUUACUUGGUUAUGAUCAUGAAGAUGUUCAAACAAUAUCAAGUAAUUUAGCUUAG